AAAGAUGAGACACUAUUUAAGUGGUACUUAGUAGCUUAUUGAGUUUUGCCAUUAUUGCAAAUCCGUCGGGCAUACAUUUAUUAAAUUCAGUCUUACGGUUGCAGUUCAAUUUGCCAGUACCUCAGAUAAACCUUCAAUUUAUUGUCGGAUGUCAACUAGGUUCAACUACUUUGAAAUAACUGCAGCUGUGGAAAAUUCCACCAAAAACGAUUUGUUAAACGUAAAUUAAUUGAUUAAAGGAAAUAAAUAUGGCGAUCGAUAUUUUAAAGAAACAGGAACAAGCACGUCAAAUUCGUUAUUCACGAUCAAAAUUUCGCCGCAUCAACUCUUUGGAUCAAAUACCUGAAGAUCCUGGCCAGGAACAGCUCGCGCAUUCAACCAAUACCAAUACGAAUCCAGCUUUGGGUCAUCAAUCACAACUGGUGCGCCGAUCACCGCGUACGAUUUCUGCUUCUAUGCGACAAGUUUUACUCUUUUGGCCACAAUUGCUGAUCAAUUUAACUUUUACGAUCAUACGGUUUAUCCUUUAUAUACCGCUAUCGAUAGCGGCACCCAGUUUUUGGUUGUCAGCUUUAUUGUGGAUCUUUUGGAAGUUCGUUCGUAUACCUGUGGCUUUCAUUAAGUGGAUGUUAAAUGUCGACUCUUUGAUGGAUGUAUCAACGGAUGGCCCGCAACAUCAUAGACGCACUGUACUAAUUAGUUGUGGAAGUACAAUUCAAACAUUACAUCUGGCACGUAAUUUUUAUUCCUCCGGUUCUCGUGUGGUGGUGUUCGAGUUCGAAGGACUCUUUGGACUGGCACGUUUCUCCACCGCCGUCGACAAAUUCUACAUAGUCCCACGACCAAGCCCAAAUAAUGUAGACAGCUAUAUAACUGCUUUGUGUCAGAUUGUUAGCAAGGAGAAGCCUUCAGUUUAUAUACCGGUUUGCGCAACGAGUCCUGCCUAUUACGAUGCACUUGCUAAACAACAUUUGGAACUACUCGGCUGUGCCAGUUUCAUACCGGGUAUGAAUGAGACCAACGUUUUAGACGAUUGUUUGGAAUUUUUCAAAAAAUGUACAGCUCAUAAUAUUGUUGUGCCACCCCACUCUGUACUCACUUCCCCAAACGAUCUUCAGCAAUUGUAUGAGAACAAUUUCAUCAGCAAUUUUCGAAAUAUCCUAAUGGCGGUGGGUUUUCAAGGCUUAGUUGAACGUUUCAAAUACUUACUACCAAAUAAUAGAGUGGAAUUCAAAUUUAAUCAUGAAAUAAGUGAAAAUGAAAAGUGGAUUGUGAUACGCGAUUUGCCGGGUGAACAUUAUAUUACUUGCACAACCGUCAAAGACUCACGAGUUGUUUCGAAUGUUACUUGUAAAGUAGAGCGUGAAACGAAAAAUUUGAUACCUGUAACGCCAUUACAUGCACAUGGUAGCCCCGUAGUGUCCGACGAAGCUCAAAUUGAUUUUUGGCUGAAAACAUUUUUCGCCAAAGUGCGCUUCCAGCGUAGCAUCAAUGGGCACAUGAGCUUUCGUCUGAUUAAGUGUCAAGGCACAACGCAGUUCAUUCCACUCGGUGUACGUGUCGGUGUCUCAUUGCCAUAUAUCUGCUAUAAUCGAUCUCACGCUCAAGUACUCUGCCGCACUAUGAAAUGCAUUCAUCGAAGACAAUUAAGUUUUACAAGUCCAGAUGAGGAGUCGGCACUCGGUGCGUUGACAGCUAAUUUCCGCUGGAGCUCUAUUGAACGCUCCACUCCGACCACAGUACUAGAUAAGAGGGAAGCUCUAUUCGCCUAUUGGGAUCCAUUGCCAUAUUGUGCUUACUACCAUUUCCAAUUGCCUCUUAAAUCCGUCAAGACGUUUUUGCAACGGCGCCAUCGAUCAACGAAAACUUUAUCGCCACGCAUAACAAUGCCAGUUCAUUGAACGUCGUGCCGUGGUGUGCACCGUGUGUGCACCCAGAUGAUGAUAUGCUGGAACAUUGAUAAGCAAUAAUAUUUUGCUCUGUUUUAUAACAGUAUAACGGUUAUACAUUUAAAGGCGCUGUCCCUAUUAUUACGGAUCGCGUUCAUUGCAAAAACGAACGAAUAAGAGAACUUAUUCCUGAGUAGUUAUAUAUUAAAGCAUAUGUAUGUCGUGAUAUGUGUCCGUAUAUUUGUAUUUUAACAACAAUUUCUGAUACGAAUCCAAAUGAUGAUUAAGGUCAUUUUGGGUUAGGUACGUAAGGUAGAAAAAGUCGGCAAAACAAUAAAUUUGCUAGAAAUUCUGCGCAGGGGGGCAGAGUGAGAGAGAUGAAAUAGACUGAAGGUGCUGAUGAAAUUAAUUGUCAUAAAUAUAAUGGUGAUUUUUAUAUUAAUAUUAUAAUUUCAAAUAAUAUACGUAUGUUAUUUGGAGAUUAGUAUGUAGUAUGUCGUAACGCUAUAUACAUAUGUACAUACAUCUGUAUGCAUUUACAUAAUACCCUUUAUUUUCAUAAUAUUUAUUUUUACUAGAGUAUAAGUCACAGGGUUAAGAAUUUAGUUUUUAACAAAUGUGUAUAUCUUAUUUUUUAUA